UGGAAAUGACGUUUGAAAACACUUCCGCAUCCGUCACUUCCUUUGAGGUGGCAUGCGUUUGUUUUUCUACUGCCUUUACUCAUGGAAAUAAAUAUUAAAAGGAAUCCCUAACCCAAAAUGAGCAAAUGCUGUCGCAUAGACAACAGAAAUGGACGACAACGACGGCAACAUGUUGGAGCGACGCCGCGCUUUGCCGUUGUGGAUGUCCAAAAAGGACAACAAGGGGAAGGACAAACAGUCACUGAAGACCACAAGGAAGAAGAAAGCUGCGCGGGCAGUUCAUUACUGCAUGAACGAGAAAGAGCUGCUUGAAGCAGCUAUUGCAUAUCUUGGCGACCAGCAUAUAACUCCCCUAUCCGGCCUGGAGGUUCAGUCCAAGCUGAAGGAUGCUGCUGGAAAAAGUGACUCUUCAACAAAGAAGACAGGGAAGCUGGUAUCUUUAGAGGAGGGGAAGCCAGCAUGUCAAGAGACCUGCGUCUCAGAAACAGACUUGGAUGUUGCUGAGAUGGAGACUAUUCCGUACGCCAGGAGCACUCAUGAGGAAGAGGAAGAGGAGGACACAAAACAACAGACAGAAAAGACUGAGAGGCAGCAUUUGACUGAAAAUCAAGGCAGUGAUGAUGACAUGCGCCUUGUACGAGAAAUCUUUUUCACCUGAAAAUACCAUCUGCAUCGCACACUCAUUGUUAAUUUGUGGUUGCAUCCAGGGAACCUUUGCAAAUCUCAGGCAUACAAUCGAGACCCAUCUAAAAUGGGUG